CUCAGCUAUACCAAUUAAUCGUCCGACCACAUCGCUCACUAAAUCACGUGGCACAAAACGUCAUCACAACCACGUAAUUGAAUGUGCAUUAGUUUCCCGGAUAUAUAAUAUGGCUCACGUUUUUCCUACACUCAUUCAUCGUGGAGCCAUGUCAGAGACGCUGUCCAUACGGUUGGCCAGGGAUGAUGGCCUCACCCUCGAGCGCGACCCAAGAACCAAGGACUGGUUCUUCUCUGGAAACUUUGCGUUGCUUAGUGCCAUCCUGGUCGGAUAUGUAUACGUGGUCAAAGUGGCUGGACCACGCUUCAUGCGUCAUCGCGAACCCAUGCACGGAAUCAAAGCAAUCAUCAUGGCCUACAACGCCGUCAUGGUUGCCUUUAGUGCGUACUUCACCUACAACAUCGCUCGAAGAUCUUACCUGGGUGGUGGAUACUCUCCUGUGUGCCAAGGCCUACAUUUCGACAACAGAGACAGGAACACGAUGGAACUGUUAGAGUUUUUGUACUGGUACAUGUGGGUUCGAUUGGCCGAUUUCCUAGACACGCUGUUCUUCGUGCUUCGCAAGAAGGAUUCCCACGUGUCCGUGCUCCACGUCACCCAUCACUGUCUCGUCGUGUUCACCGGCUGGUUCGGUCUCACUUAUGGCGCUGACGGACAUGUCGUCUUCUGCGUCUGCAUCAACGGAUUCAUCCACGUGGUUAUGUACUCGUACUAUUUCCUUUCCUUGCUCGGCCCGUCCGUGCGAAGGUACCUGUGGUGGAAGAAGUACUUGACUCAGUUGCAGCUCUUGCAAUUUGCCGCAGGUUCGAUUCACACGAUGUUACCUCUGUUGAGGGACUGCGGUUAUCCACGAAUACACACGUAUAUCUGUAUCGCGCAGGGCAUAUUUUUCUUUGUGAUGUUCAUGAAUUUUUACCAGAAGGCUUAUGUAAAGAGGACUAGUCAACGUGCGAAGGCAGAGUGAAACGGCGCUAAGGCGUUCUUUUUUCUCCUUGCCUUCGUGGUAAAAUGAGUUCAGAAAGUAUGAUCUCUUAGAUUAACUGAUGUAACCCUUUAGCAAAGGUAAGGUAGGUAUGAUUUUAAAUGAGUGUGUAUAGACUCCUACCUCAUUGACGCACGAGCAAAAUCAUUGCCAACGCACUAUCUGGGUGUCGUCUGUUUAACUUAAAUCCAUCCUUCCCCUCUUCGAUGUGCUUUUUCAUCAACAAAUUAUACUGUGCAAUGCAAA